GUUGUUCUAAGAAACCUGUGCUUAGGAAUCAAUCUUCUAACAAAACACGAUCAUAUCGCAUCUUCUUUGUUUCCCCGAUGCAGCCAUGGCGAUCAGGUAGAGUAGAGGAUAAGAAAGGUAGAGAGGAAGGAGUGAGGCAGAACAAUGGACAAACUAAGAAUGGCUGGAAAGGGAAACAAAAUCAUGCAAAACAAGCUCCUUCAUCUAUCUCCUCUUCGCCUAUGCGUCAAGCACGGCUAAAACCUUCGCCAUCUUCGAUAUCAUCUAAUUCGCUUGAAUUGUUAAGCAGCCCUUCCAGAGGGUUAGACAGUGGCACUGAUGCAUCUCAAGAUCUGACAAAUGCGGAAACCCAACAGCGAUUCCGUGCAUUCAUCUCGGAGAGAAUUCAAGGGCAUGUAAUCAAACAUGGACCAAUACAAAAGAACAAGGCUGAUCCACUCAUCCGGAUGCCUGCACCUUCUGUUAUGGAAAACAGCCCUUCUACUUUCGACGUUGGAAAAGAUCAAUUGCAAUCAUUACAGGACAUACUCUUGUUCGUACGAAGAUUACGCGAAGGUUGCGUAGCUGCCAAUCGGGUAGACUUAUUUACUCUGGACGUUUACAUUUUGUCCUCGUUGCUAAGCUUAUUGGUGGGUGACAAUAUCCAGCUGAGUUCUUCUUUGCCCAGGACGGUCGAUCUUUGCGAAUCGGUGGGAAGUGUUGAGGAAGGCACUGCAUUUGGACUAGAAGCCUCGAAGGAUAUUAAUUCAAUUUUGUACGGUAACAAAGACAAAAUGCCAUCAAGCAGUUUGGACAAAGAUGCAUUACGGUCUUUGUACCUAUUAUGGCUUUCCAUUUCUGGCGGUCAGGUUGAACGAUUGGGCGGACAACAGAGACAGCAUCUCGCAGGCAGUACACUGGCAUUUUACGAGCAUAAGCAGAAGUUGCGUGCACCUUUCGGAGAAUCGGUGAAGCUGAUCGAGCGGGUAAGUGCAGCACUUGCUAGAGACAACAUUCUCGUUCUGAGACGGGUUUUGAUCGAAUUGCAACAUGAUUCAGAGCAUCAUCAGAAACGUAUCUGGCAAUUUGCACUUCUGAGCAGAACUGUAAACGAAAUGCGUACACGGGUGUGGAACACUUUCAAGAAAGCAUAUAUGCAUUUGGCCAUAGAUCCAGCUCUGGUUGGAUCUCAAGCAAGUUGGCCUCAUGCUGCAGCUUUGGCCGGGAACGGUGAAUGGGUAGAGCGAAUGCUAUUGAUUGAUCUAGAUGUUAUGCCGCUGAGCAAAGAAGAGAGGGAGCAAUGCGGAGAUAAAGAAAGGGCAACAAAUCCUCAACAGCGGUCUGCAACACCUGACAUGUGGGACGAUAGUGUGGACGAUCUUACAAACGCUAUGCAAUCGUCAUCGCUGUCAAACCCAUCCGUCUUGUCGACUGUACGAACGCAGCGCUUGGCCAAGGUCUUCGAGGUUUUUGGCUUACCGACCUCAAAUGAUACUGAGCAGGAAGGACUUUCACGUUGGAAGGAUCGCAUCACGACGCAAGCAGGCGCACCUGUCGUCAAACUCCGUUGACAGCUUAUGGUCUGACUGAAUGCGAAGAUGUAGAAUUAGAGUCUGUAGCAUUAAAGUAUGUAUACUAAAAU